GCUAGAGGUAUAAAUAGCUGAACAAACCCAAAUUAUUAAAAAUAGAAGCUCUUGUUCAUUGCUAAAGCAUGCUUGCUUCCUUGAGUGACCGUAAUGAGCUCUCAUUGUUUCAGAUAGUCCAGCAGCCUUCAGUAGGCAAUGCCAAUCAUGUGACCUCCAUUUCCCAUUCCUCACCAUUGAGCUCUCAGACCUGUGGGCAGAAGGCACCAGUGACUGCUGUAAUGCCUACUGCUUCCAUCAUAAAGCAAAUUAGUCUGCCUGGAAAUAAACUUUUGUCGCUUCAAGCUCAAACAACUUCUAUUCAGAACAAUAAAAUAAAAGAAAAUGGACCAGCAUGCUUCAGAGGGGAAGAUGACAUCAAUGAUGUGACUUGCAUGGCAGAGGUCAACCUUGAUGAGGAAAAUGCCUGUAUCUUAGCAACACAUUCUGACUUUGUUGGCAAACUCAUUCAGUCAUGCAAAGAUGAACCUUUUCUUCUCAUUGGAGCUCUACAAAAGAGAAUUUUAGACAUUGGUAAAAAGCAUGACAUUACGGAACUUAACUCUGAUGCUGUGAACUUGAUCUCCCAUGCAACACAGGAGAGAUUACGAGGCCUUCUAGAGAAACUAACUGCAAUUGCUCAGCAUCGAAUGACUAUUUACAAGGGAAGUGAAAAUUACAUCUUGUCUACUGAUACCAGAUCACAGCUCAAAUUUCUUGAAAAGCUGGAUCAAUUGGAGAAGCAGAGGAAGGAUUUAGAAGAGAGAGAAAUGUUACUGAAGGCAGCCAAGAGCCGCUCCAAUAAAGAAGAUCCAGAACAGCUGAGAUUAAAACAGAAAGCCAAAGAGUUGCAGCAGUUGGAACUCGCCCAGAUCCAAUAUAGAGAUGCUAAUCUCACAGCUCUUGCAGCCAUUGGACCACGGAAGAAGAGACCACUAGAAUCAGGAAAUGAGAUGCAAACGCACAUGGUUCCCGUGUCGAGACUGAGUCUUUAUGUGACCUCCUUUUGCUCCCAGUCAGUAUCAUUCUCUGUUCCAUGUCUAAGCGUGUCAGGGUUUGAAGGCUUCCACUGCCUGGCAGCCUAUGCCUUCGGUGUCCCCAGUGUCUACCUGCAAAUCCUCGUGCCCACUGUCCAUCUGGAGGGUGGAAGCAAAUGUCCCACACCCAUGCCUGCCUGGGCUUCCCCUGAGCCGAGGGCCCGCUGUGCACUAGAGAGGCCGUAG